GGACCUUCGCUCAGACCUGAUGUAAGGACACCCAGCGUGGUGGAAGCCAAAGGACCUUGCUUGGGGGUACAAAGCUACCCCGGGAGCUAGACUGUAUUCUAGACCCGGUGCUGCUGCAUGCGAGCAGGAGGUGGUGCUUUGUACGUUGGUGUGGCCAGUCUCCGACCCCAGAAAGGCACGGCUCGGGCUCUGCGUUUCACCGGCAUCAACCCCACCGGGAGGAAUGGAGCAGGUGUGGUGCCGGGUGAUGCUGCACUCGUGUCCAGCCUCUGGUGAGCACGGGCAGCCUUGGAAAAAGAGUUUAUAAUGCGUAUGUAACCAGCCGACCGGUGAGGAUGCUCGGUACGCUCUUUGGCCCGUGUGUUAACAGCAGCAGGAAAAGCAUAAACAGUGGAGAACCACCUAAACGCUACCAGAUGGAAAUCCCCAUAGCCUCUCUGACCACGCUGUCGGCACAGACCCACCGGCAGAGAGGACAGGUCAAAGGCAUGCCAGCUUUUCCAUGAUGCCUGGCCAGUAACAUCAGCCAUGACCUGGAGGGACAGGGACAAGAGGUAGUUUGGUCUUCUAGGCGAGGUCAGCCCGGAGCUCUGCCUGUUGAGGAGAGACCUUCAGAGGUGUUGAAAGAUGAGUGCGAUAAUGCCAACUCCUGCCGCUCCGUGGUGAGCUGUGACGCCAAACUCAAAUCACUAUAGACCUGAAGCUGGACUUAACCUGCGGUCCUGGUCUUAGAAGGAAAUGCUGUCUCUCCUCUGUGAUCAUCCCUCAACUCUGAACAUCUUCCAUUGAAAAAUUGACCUUCCGCUCUAGGAGGCAAGGAUCAAAUGGGUUGAGAACAGCUGGCCCUCCUUUUUUUUUUGGCAGAGGAUUCUUUGAUAUAUUUUUAAGUACCAGGACAUGAAACAGUAAAUCCCUCCUUCCCGCACUCCUGCCUCCUGCAAACAGCCCCGACUGCUGUCCAAGCCAGCCAAUUAAAGGGUUAACUAUAACUGGAUGCCUGAAUGGCUGCCUUACUGAUCCCAUGGAGGAACAGAGGGAUGAGGACUCGCCUGGGCUGCCUGUCUCACAAAUCAGACUCAUAUAAUGAUUUCACAGCUAUUCUUCCGGACAAGCCCAACCGGGCUUUGAAAAGACUGUCAACAGAAGAAGCAACAAGAUGGGCAGACUCUUUUGAUGUCCUUUUAUCCCAUAAAUAUGGGCUGGCCGCUUUCCGUGCUUUCCUGAAGACAGAGUUCAGUGAGGAAAACCUGGAGUUCUGGCUUGCCUGCGAGGAAUUCAAGAAGACCCGCUCGGCAGCCAAGCUGGCCUCCAAAGCUCAACGGAUCUUUGAGGAGUUCAUCGAUGUGCAGGCUCCUCGAGAGGUGAACAUAGACUUCCAGACACGGGAGCUGACAAGAAGAAAUAUGCAGGAGCCCUCCCUCUCUUGCUUUGACCAAGCUCAGGGGAAGGUGCACAGCCUGAUGGAGAAAGACUCUUACCCCAGGUUCCUGAGAUCCAAAAUUUACACAGACCUGCUGUCUCAAACCCAGAGAAGGCUCAGCUAGAGCAGCGAUGGGGCCCUCAGAAACCAUGUGCUUCCCACAACAGCCAAACCCCAUGUCUAAAUGUGAAACUUUCUUAGUGUUAAAAGCAGUGGGAAUGAGAAAAGAGGGCUAAGGGGAAGAGGAGGCUUCCAGAGCGUGAUCCAAACGUGGUAUUAGGACUCUCUGAGUUUCUGUGCUUUUUUUUUUUUUUUUGGUUAGCAGUAGCACCUUGCAGUUGUUGCCUCUCUCUAGCACAAACCCAUAGUCCUCUCUAGUCAUGAGGUCAUCUUUUGGGAAGGGAGGUUUCCUUUAAAAUUACUACACUGGUUUGUGUGUAAAUAACACCACUGCACCUUUCCGUCCUUUCAGGCAUCUCCCUGGCUCUCACAUCUUCCCCGUGUUUGGAAGGGCCCUAAUUGCACUUCUGAAACUUGUGAAGCCAAGUCCAGCCCAAAGCAUUGUUUCCCACACUGGCUGCUGGGGUCUGGAUCCAGAGACUGGAAGGAGGGGGAGAGGGGAGGGAGAGAGAAUGUGAAGGCAAAUGAUUCAUGCUGCUUCCCGGAGCGGAAACCAUCAGUGAACUCAGCCCAUCUUUCCGUUUUGGUUGCACACCUUAUGACACCAGCUGCUACCCUGUCACAGCCCCGCAUCUUCCAGGGGUGGAGACUAGGAGUUAUUUUUCAUAUGACUGUCAAGGAGCUGGCUUUUUCUCAUGAGGAAGGUAAUCCCAAAAGCUCUCGCUAGACAUACCUCACCAGACAAGUCUUUCAGUGCAAAUGAUUGUUUUUCAUUAAUAUUACUUAUUUGUACUGUAGUUCAGCCUCAGGACUCCAGUCAUCAUUCAGGCUUCAUUGUGCUAGGCACCGUACCAAAACCUAACACAAAGAGGCUCCUGGCCACCAGAGACAUCAACAGGCUUGGCGGCUUUUGGGAAUGACCUGCCAGCUGUCAGGAAAGAGCGGAGAGAAGGAAUGUCCCAUCUGCCCCAUGCUGAGAUGUAAGAAGAGCACAAGACCUGUCUGCUAUGGCAGAUAGCAUUUUUCAUGUAGUACCUGACCCAGUGCAUGGCAGGGAGAGGUAACAUGAAAAAUCACAAUUAUAUUUUUGUUAUUUACUGAUUAUUGACUGUUGUUGUUACCUACCUAUUGUCCACUGUGUGUCCAAUGUCAUGUAAAGAACUACUAAAGACACAGACCCUGCUGAAUGGUGCUUGCUGAAAAUCAGGACGCAGGGAAGCAUGCAGUGAGCAGGACGAGUGUCUGGGUAUGAAGUGGUGUAUGAAGUGUACUUUGGCCCUAUUCCCGUAGCCUGGACAGCCAGCUGCAGAAGACUCUGUGCAGAUGCCAGUUGUGUAGCACCUCCUCUGUGCUAUGCAAUAAUAUUUGCCAUCUGAAGGCUCCAUUUCUACAGCUUUGCCGUUCCAGCUUAUCGGCUGUCAGAUUCUUGCAAUAUUUUCUUGUGGAGGAGCAGACAGCCUGUCUGUGGAUUUGAGCCUACAGACCAGAGGUCUAUUUUCCUAAUUUUAUGAAAGCCUAGAAAGUAACCUCAUGGAUCUUUUUCUUCUCCCAGUCACCUAUAGAUCAGAGGCUGCACACCUCUGCUCUAGUUGAGGGCGGUGGGUGGGUUUGAUAUGUCAGAAAGCUGGUGAUGAAGGUUUAGUACAACGUGGUGUAAACUAGGUACACUGAAUUCUAAAGCUGAGCAUAAGGUGUUUGGAACGAGAUACAAAAAGAUAUUAAAAGUUAUGGUGCAUGCAUUAGGUAGGAAGCAUGUUUCGAGGCUCUUUGGAAGGAUGCUGUGCAGGGCAUUGGGACAAAUAGGGUCAGGAUGAAGGUAGGGAUGGUAAGCAUGUUUGUUUUAUUUUGGAGGUGUAUUCCUGUGGUCUCUAAGACACUAAAGUCUAAAUAGGGUGCACAUGCAAAAUUGUGCAAUGCUCUGGAAGGAGUCAAAAACAGAAGCAAAGGAUAUGGAGUCCUGCAUCCAGUGGCUGUCCCUGGAGGUAUCUGGGCUAUAGGAAGAGGAACAGAGUCACAUCACUUUUACAGCCCCGUCUCGCUGUAGGUGAAAGGGGAGGAGGAGGGGAAGUCGCCCCACAUUGCGGCGAAACGCUCUCAGUGCGUGAUCUGUAAGGGAGGAUGCAAAGCCACUGACUGUGAGGAGGGGCUGGAAGAAGUCUCCUUUCCAAGAACCACUGUGUCUACCACCCCUGCAUAACACAGGAUGGACUGGCAUCUCUCGGGGACGCAGGUUGCUUUGGCUGAAAUAGUUCCCCUUGAGAUGGCCUGCGGUGCCGGUUGUACCCAGUGUCACUGCGACUGCAAUAUGGCCCAGUGACUGGCGGUCCAACUGCUGCAAAGCAGCAGCUCAGCUUCCCAGUGCUGUGGCGUCAAACAAGCUGUGCUGCAAGGGAUGGAGUGGGGCCACCUUGUCUGGCCCUGCCUUCCUCUUGGCUGCAGAAGCAAAAAGCAUACCGACUGCUGCCCUGGAUGUGAGAGGCAGCAGCAGCGGACUUAUGCAGUCAUUGCUUUUAAAGAGAAGGCAGAACACCGUGUUAACUGCCUUGUGGUGUUGCCCUGAAAACCACGGCUACAAUUCUGAGUGGGCUUGGAUGGUGCUGACCUCUAGUGCCAGCUGAAGCAUCCCAGCCAAGGCUCCUCAGCAAAAUGCCCAGCAGCCCCUCCACGGCGGUGAGGGUCGCAGAGACAACCGGGCGAUGAGGAAUCAGCAGAAGCAAGGUGUUUGGGUUGAGGAAUGAGGAGCAGAAACUCGGAAGUGAGGACAAUUCCCAGGCUUCCCUGGUGGCUACAAAGCCUGGUCCUGUUGAGAGUGAGACUCCAGAAAGGCCAGGAGGUAACAUCUCUCUGCACGCCCCUCCAGCGUCCGUGCUGUUAUCCUUUCAGUUCAUGUCAGAACCCAUGGAAAAACUUCAAAGUAGCCAACACCCUGUAAAAACCAAGCUCCCCUCUCUCCUCCAUCAACUUGGGGAAUUGCUUUGAGCGGGCGCAUUCAGAGAUGCCAUUGCUGCAUUGGUGACAAGAACUGUAUUUGUUCCGGCAGAUGUAGAAGUGUUUUGCCCAUUAAACUGGUGCCAGAUAAUAUCCUCCAUUGGAAACAUCCUAGAGCACAGAGUGGAGCAAAAGUAUUGUCUGAGGCAUGUGAGUCUAUCACAGUUAUUUUUGUUUCUGCUCUUACAGUUUGUCUCUCUUGAAGGAAAGCAGACUAGUUAUUUAAAGUAAAUUUUCUUUUUUUUUAAAAAAACCAAGAAAUUGGCACCAGCUGCUUCUUUUAUGCCAAAUGUCAGUCUGAAGUGAAUUAAAAUAGGCAGCUUAUAGCUCUUCCCCUUAAACCAGGGGCUGAUUAAGGAAAUAAUGACUGAGCCAAAGCUUCGGAAAGCACUGAGUGAUGACUAAUCCCCAUCAAGGACAAAUACCCUAUCUUUGAUUCAUCUCUUACUAGUGUGAAAGGGAUAUUCAUAAUUAAUAACAUAAACACAGUUUCCCCUCUCCACAAGGACACACCUCCAAAAUUUUCCUCCUGCUUCAAGUAAUGUCAGAGUGUACCAUCACAUGAAGAAAGGAAAAAAAAAAAAAAUUGUUUCACUCAGCUCUUUUUAUUCUGUGUGUUUACUGGCACGUAGCAGUCAGCUCCCGAGUCCUUUGACAGCAAAAGGGAAGAAGAGUUUAUAAAUUGUCUUUCCCUUUUCUAUAAGCUUCUGGUGUUGUUAACUCCAGAAGCAGAUGCAGAACCCUAAUCUGCUUUGGGUUUCUUUUUCCUGCUUUGGCCUGUCAGCCAGGUUUGGGAUAAUUCCCAUCACUUUUACUGGACUUGCUUAAUGUACCGAUGGGUCCCUGCCCUCCGCAUGGGUAAGGUGUGAAGGGCAAAGUCCCACAAGUCUAAGCAGGGGAGGGAAAUAGGUGUGUGUGUCUGCUGGUGUGGGUGGAUGAGAGUGCAUGUAUAUGCUAUUUAGUGUCUCCUACUAGAGGAGCUUUUCUGAGACAUAGAUGUGCAUGUUAAAAUAGGAGAAUUAGGCAUAAAUGACAUAAAAUGAGAUUUUAGCCAGUGUUGUGUUUGCCUCGUGUGUAAGUUUGACUAGUAAUAAGAGAUGUAAAACUCUGCUAGGCUUCCAGUUACCCAUAAGAGCACAUGUAUCAAACUGAACUGAAUGUUCACUGAUAGACACAAAACCAAAAUGUUUACAGCAUUCAGAGCAAUAGCAAAGCAUACCUCAUGCCAGUCCUGGAGUGCCUCUCACCCGUCAGUGCAAGCUCUCCCCUCCCUGGGGGCCUCUUGCUUCUCCCUCCAAACCCAUCUCUCCUCCUCAGUCCUGUCCUUGUGGUCUUCCCUCCUCCUUCUCCUUACAGUUUCCUCCCCGAAGCACUCCUGUCCAUGCCAACCUUCCUCUCCACCAGCACUAUUUGUCCCCAUAUAUCUGAGCCUGGCUUUCACACAACCUCCUCCCAUGCCCUCCUGUUCACAUACCCUCUAUCCCUCCUCUCUUCUUUGCCUUUUAUUUCCCCAGACACUUAUCUCUGGUCUUGCCAUCUCUCUCCUUCAUACCUCCUCCCACUAUCACUAUAAAGUUCCUAGUAGCUAUUCCUUGCUCAUUAUAUAAGAAAACACUUCACAUAAUUUCUGCGUUAUCUUUCAUUCCUGGGGCUGCUGCAGUUGUCUUCUUCCUUGGUACUGUGUUUUCUCCAGCAUCAAAGUGUUAUGUCACAGAACUGGAAUUAAAGUUCAUUUUGCUGCUAGACCAGAAUGCUUUUCUCUGCCAUGCACCCCUUGGGCUUUGCAGAGGCUCGUUUUGUCCCCCGUAUCGUGUCUUUUUCUUCCAUCCAUGCUCCACGUGCUGUGCUUGUGGCAGGGGCUGGCUAGCGGAGAGGGCAGCCGUGCUGCGCGGCGGCAGCGGCUGCUUCGGCAGGGUCACAGCUGUGCUUCCUCUUGGCUUUCCGAUAUAAAAAAAAAAGAGUGUAAAUAAAGGUGUGUGUGUGUUGUAUUUGCUUAGUGAAGUCAGUCGUCCUGCUCUGUCCCUCCUCUUGGUUUUACUGGAGGGAUGUAUCUUUAAUUUGAGACUGCAGUAAACUCAACUGGAGUUCAGGGAACUGAGGGCAUGGGAGGGAGUUUGCAAAAGGGGAUGAGCUUCUUGCUGAAAAAAUCCACCGUUUCUGGAAAAAAAGGCACAGAAGAAAAGGCAGUGCCUGUUUCUGGAGGCACCUGGUGUACCAGGGAGGUAUGGGGACCCACUGUGGUGUGAAUCUCUUGUCUCCAGUAGCCCCACAACUCCCAGUUUGCAUCAUGUGCUGUGUGCCCCAGGCUAGACCUAAAACAUGAGGGAUGAGGAGCUGCCCAGCUUUGCAUUUAAAGUGUAGAUAACAGCGUUAUCUUAGGAGAAAUGUCUUCACGUCACUCUAUCAGUGCCUGCAGUCAUCAGCUAAAAAGCAAUGAGGGGAAGGAGACAUCUUGUGUUGUGUUUACUUAUGCAGUCCUCUGCGGGACUACUGGUAAUGAAGAGAACAGGGUACAAAUUCUCCCUGGAAUAGAUCCCCUUUCCUUAAAAACCACGGUCAAAGUAUCUCAUCCUCCUAUAACCUCUCUCCCCCCUCCUCUACAAGCAACCCAAAUCAGACACACAGAGUUCAGAGUUUUCUUUAAGCUCUCUGGCACCUCCAUCUUCAGUGGGAUGGCAGUGUCCCACUGGCAGGAAGGGGCCUUCAGGACCUAGCUCCAAACCCAAGCACUGAAUAAGUCUGUCUUAAACCAUAAAAAUGUAUUGUUCCUUGGGAAACGUGUUUGUGGGUGGCUCAGAAGAGAUUUAGGGGUGCAUUACCGGACCGGGUGAACUCAGAAGUGAGACACCAGGUUCCUGGGUAGAAAGACCAGCUCUUUUAAGACCUUCCCUAUGCCAUAUUUUUAUUUUAAUUAGGUCCUGAUGCUGUAACUUCCUUCACAGUGCCUGGGUGCUGCUGGUGUUGGUAGAUAACAGGAGGAGAUGUUUGGGCCAGGACACGCGGGCUGUUCAGUCUGAUUCCUUCCCGUGCAGGGGAGGGCAUGGGCUCGGGUUCGUUUGACCUUCCCUCAGCAUUAGCUGCUUGUUUGCUAGCCUCAUCUUCCCCGACGAGGCUGGAGGAUCUCCUCAGCCGUACCAGAUGUCCAACCAGCAAUGAUAUCCCCCCUGAGUCGUGUCACCGCAUUGUAAAGUGUUACUCACCUGUACUGUAUAGAGACCAUGAGGACGUAAUAAACAGCCUGAGACUA